ACUCAAUCUAUAAGAUCGAAAAUCAGCAGAUCAAAAUAGCAAGAUGAACAAAAUCAUUUCCUUGAUCGUGGUCACCAUUGGAGUGCUUUGCGCCCUUGCUACGGCGAUGCCUCAGCGUGUGAGGACCCAACCACUGAUCUACUAUCCUCCACCGCCAACGCCGCCAAGGAUCUAUAGAGCACGCCGCCAGGUUUUGGGUGGUUCACUCACCUCCAAUCCGAAUGGCGGAGCUGAUGCCCGAUUGGAUCUGACCAAGGCAAUAGGAACUCCCGAACACCAUGUGAUUGGGCAAGUCUUUGCAGCGGGUAACACCCAAACCAGACCGGCAUCCUCCCCUGUUACCAGUGGAGCCACCUUGGGCUAUAACAAUCAUGGCCAUGGCAUUGAGUUAACCAAAACCCAUACUCCCGGAGUUCGUGACAGUUUCCAGCAGACGGCCACCGCCAACUUGUUCGAUAAUGGAGUCCACAAACUGGAUGCCAAGGCCUUCGCCUCGCAGAACCAGCUGGCCAAUGGUUUCAAGUUCGAUAGGAAUGGAGCUGGCCUUGACUACUCGCACAUCAGUGGUCAUGGAGCAACCCUGACGCACUCCAAUAUUCCAGGUAUUGGCAAGCAAUUAGAAUUGGGAGGAAGAGCCAAUCUCUGGCAGUCGCAAGAUCGCAACACAAGGUUAGAUCUCGGUAGCAGUGCCUCCAAGUGGACUAGUGGACCGCUUAGUGGACAGACCAACCUUGGAGCCAACCUGGGACUCUCCCACUAUUUUGGUUAAAAGAGUGAUCCACUCGAUAAUAUUUAAAUAAUUAAAUUGGACUAUAAAUGUUAAAAUAUUUAUUCAAACAAAAUUAAAGGUUCACAACAUAAAAUCUGUAA